GAGGAAAUCUAGCACACCUGUCUGUAAACCUGUCCACACGCUGCACUGUCUGAGAAGCAGCGCAGCCACAUCGUAGACUGUAGUGUGGAGAGGUUAUAUUGGUUCGAUUGAAGAUAGCGCGCUCGGAAAGCAGAUGGAGUUUUCACGGUGUCAACAAAAGAACAAAAAAUGACUGAAAAUAAAGUUAAAGAACACCCGUCGAAGCCCUCUGCGUGUCGCAUCAUUCCGAGCGGUCAGCUACAGUGAAAACUCCUCGGCGGCGACCAGCGCAUGUUUCCCGGCUGCAACGGAUUGCCAUUUCGGGAAAAGCGCAUUCAAGGUAAUCUACGGACACAGACACAUGACACAGAGCGACAAGGAGCAAAGAGGAGGGACAUACGCACCCAAUCUGGCAGUGGAAUUGAAGAUCCAGCCAUGACAGCUCGCAUUAUAUCAACACAACAUACGUCUGCCACCUCAAGUAUUGUACCAGUUUUUGUGUCAUCAGUUCAAGAACCACACAGAGAAGUACUCACAUAUGCAAUGCUGGACACACAAAGUGAUUCAACAUUUGUUUUAGAAGAUGUGCUCGACAAAUUAAGUGUAAACGUCCAACCAGUAAACUUGAAACUUAGUACCAUGACCGCAAUUGACACAAUUAUACCCAGCAAGUGCGUUCAUGGUCUACAAGUACGAGGACUCAAUUCUGAGAUCCUCAUUCAAAUACAAAAAGCCUAUAGUCGUGACUUCAUCCCAGUAGAUAAGUCUUAUAUUCCAACAAAGGAGACAGCAUUGCGUUGGCCUCAUCUCAAAACCUUGGCAUGUAAAAUACCACCUCUUCAAGACUGUGAUAUCGGGCUCUUAAUCGGAUACGACUGUCCUACAGCACUGGCUCCUCGUGAAGUAAUUUUAGGUGACACAAACCAGCCGUUCGCACAACGAUCAGAACUAGGAUGGAGUAUAAUAGGUUCAUCAAACCCCCACCUAGACAGACAAGGAAGUCAUAGCUUUGUGCACCGGCUCACAGUCAAGGAGUUGCCAUGUCCAACAACGACAGAUGUUAUAAAGGCCCUUGAAGCAGACUUCAGUGAGAAAGCGUACGAGGAUAGGUACGUGUCACAAGAAGAUGUCCAGUUUAUACAGUUUCUCAGUAAAAAUAUUAAGCAAAAUCAUGACAGCCAUUAUGAGAUGCCCCUUCCUUUCAAAGGUGACAGUUUACCUAAUCUGCCAAACAACAAGAAAUUAGCUAUGGUUCGCUUACAGUGUCUCAAAAGAAAAUUGAAGGCCGAUAAACAAUAUUAUGAUCAAUACAAAACAUUCAUGGAGGAAACUAUUAACAAGGGUGAUGCAGAGCCUGCCCCUACAACAUUCAAAGGUCAAACAGAGUGGUAUUUGCCGCAUCAUGGCGUUUAUCAUCCUAAAAAGCCAGAUAAGUUAAGAGUUGUGUUUGAUGGUUCUUCAAAAUUUCAUGGAAUUUCUUUAAACGACACACUGCUAACUGGACCUGAUCUAAUUAAUCCCUUAGUAGGAGUGCUUUGUAGAUUCAGAAAGGAAAAGGUAGCCAUUAUCUGUGACAUCGAAAGAAUGUUUUAUCAAUUUUCUGUCUCUCCGGAGUCAAGAAAUUAUUUGAAAUUCCUUUGGUGGAAAGGUGGUGAUCUGGAGAAGGAACCACAAGAGUACAGAAUGACAGUUCAUCUCUUUGGAGCCGCAUCGGCUCCGGGAUGUGCCAAUUUUGGCCUCAAGCAUCUAGCAAAACAAUACAAGGAUAAUCAUCCACGGGCAUUAACAUUUUUGGAGAAAAACCUUUAUGUCGAUGAUGGUUUAGCUAGUGUGUCAUCAGUGGAAGAAGCCAAGAAACUGAUCACCGAGUCACAAGAGUUGUGUAAAAUGGGAGGCAUGCGCCUGCAUAAGUUCAAGUCGAAUGAAGAUGUAUCUCCGUCAGAACAGUGUCUCUGUGUUCAGUGGUCAAUUAAAGAAGACGCUUCCAACUUUAACAUAUCUGCAAAGGAUCAGCCUUCCACCCGCCGUGGCUGUUUGUCCGUCAUCGCCUCUCUCUUCGAUCAACCUGGAUUCAUUGCCCCAUUCAUUCUAACAGGAAAGCGAAUCCUUCAAGAGCUUAGUCAACGCAACACUGGAUGGGACAAGCCAUUCUCAGAAGAUAUUAGACCACGGUGGGAGGAAUGGAGGAAUGAUCUUCUCAAAUUGAAACAGGUUGUGAAUCGUGCUCAAUUAAUUAGAAAUGACAAUGAUCCACAGACUUGGGAACUUUUAACACCAAACCAUCUCAUGUUGAAAGCACAAGUUUCCCUUCCUCCUCCUGGAGUAUUUGUAAAGGAAGAUUUAUAUGGGACAAAGCGGUGGAGGAGAGUCCAAUAUCUUAUUGAACAAUUGUGGAGUCGGUGGAAAAGGAAAUACUUCCUUAACAUAUGCACAAGAAAGAAAUGGCACUUACCAAAGCGCAACCUAAAUGUCAAUGAUAUUGUUAUCAUAAGGAACGAUCACCUUUCAAGAAACCAGUGGCAAUUAGGGCGAGUAGUUGAGGCAGUCCAAGAUGGCGAUGGCUUAGUUCGGCGAGUCAAAGUCAGAGUUGGCGUGCGCAAAGCGCAAGAAAAUCAGGGUUCCUCCUUUGAAAUGUCCAUUAUCGAGAGACCAAUUCAAAAAUUAGUUCUUCUCAUGGAGAAUUGAUAGUAGUUAUACACGCACACUGUUGAGAAAUUCUGUACAAUUCAUUUUACUGUUGUUUGUUCAUUGUAACAGAAUUUGGUGGGAGUGUAAAUGGCGUGUGGGUCUGUGAAUUUGCGGGCGUGUCGCAUCAUUCCGAGCGGUCAGCUACAGAGAUAACUCCCACAAACAUUGCGCCACACCUUCCCGAUGGGGGCCGACCCAGGCAGAGCGUUUGGCUUUCACUGUGAUAAACUCAAACACAUGCAGCAUUCAAACGCCAGAUUUAGGUGGAAAAAGUACAAAUGUUUUACUGCAUACAAGCAGGCAAAAGUGAUUUGGUCGAGGAUUCAAGGUAAGAAAUUUAGUGUCCCAAGGUUUACCCCCUUCUCCCCAGUUUUCAUUUUUGUUUUGCUUAUGUGGUCUUACAGCAGCCCAAAGGAGCUUUCAUUUUUUGUUGAGUUUGGCUGUGCUUGUGGACAAAAGCAGUGUUUUUCCUGAAAGAAGGCUCCAUUUUUAUUUAUUUUUGUUAUUCCCUGACUAAGAAGUUUUUUUUUGUAUUUAAUUUAUUUAGACAGACAAUUUUGAGUGGUAUUAAGACAAAUGUUUAUUUAUUUAUAUUUUUGCAUUCCUGGACACUUAAGAGAUGAUUAACAAGUUUGUAUUUCAUCUGUAUGUUAAUAUAAUUUGUGUUCAAAUAGGGCAAUUUAAAUUUCCGAAUAAAAGUCCAGACAUUUAUUCAGGAAGUUUACAAAAUGUUUCUUUAGCGGUUAUUGAAAACAAAGGUUUGAAUCAACUUGUGUGUCACCUGAACCAAUACAUAUGCACUGCAAAAACCCACCUCCUUAAAAUUGAAGAAAAAUAAAUAAAUUCCUUCAUUUUUAGUGUAAAUCUACUAGAAAUAAUUGAAAUUAUCUGCUAGUGCUUCAAGUAAAUUUUACUCAGAUUU